AUGGAGGAGGAGAAGUACCUGGAGCUCUACCUGGAUCGGUGUGCCGCCCAGGAUGACCUUGCCCCACCUGUGUCUCCCCUGUUCAGCCCAGUGGUACCGUAUGAUGUGUACGUACCUAAUCCAUCCACUCCACACACGGCAUUUAAUUCCCAUCUUGGGGAAGUCAAAGAAACAGCUGGUGAUUUCUCCUCUGUGGAUCUUAGCUUCCUACCAGAUGAACUUACCCACGAAAAUAAAGAACAGACUGUCGUUAAAAGCCGACGUGAAACUGAAGAAAAUUGUAAAGCUCAAGGUCAACCAAAUAGGUUGCCAUUGUCCAGUGAAGAGGACAUUGGGCUAGGCUUAGCUGACAGCAGUUUAUCAAAUUCCCACUCACACUUGCACCCCGAUGGUGCUGACUCAGCCCCGCCCCCACCUGAGAAACCAAACUCGGAUGCCUCACCUCUAGCCUCCAUAGCUCUCAUGACAUCAAUGAGCCCUGUUUCAGAAAGUUCUGGAAUUGUGCCUCAACUACAAAAUAUAGUUUCCACUGUAAACUUGGCCUGUAAAUUGGAUCUAAAGAAAAUAGCCUUGCAUGCCAAAAAUGCAGAAUAUAACCCAAAGAGGUUUGCCGCUGUCAUAAUGAGGAUCCGAGAACCCAGAACAACAGCCCUCAUAUUUAGCUCUGGGAAAAUGGUCUGCACGGGAGCCAAAAGUGAAGAGCAGUCUCGACUUGCAGCAAGAAAGUACGCUCGGGUGGUGCAGAAGCUUGGGUUUCCCGCCAGAUUCCUGGAUUUUAAAAUUCAGAACAUGGUGGGAAGCUGCGAUGUGAGAUUCCCCAUCAGGCUGGAGGCCUUGGUGCUCACCCAUCGCCAGUUCAGUAGUUAUGAACCUGAACUGUUUCCUGGCCUUAUUUACAGAAUGGUAAAACCACGAAUUGUGUUGCUUAUCUUCGUAUCUGGAAAAGUUGUGUUGACAGGUGCCAAAGAACGUGCUGAGAUCUACGAAGCAUUUGAAAACAUUUAUCCUAUUCUAAAAGGUUUUAAAAAGGCCUGAGCGUAUCCCUGGAUACCACACAUUAUACUGGAUUAGUAUAACCGUGCGCAAACCCAGCAUGGAAACGGCUGAAAUCUUCUGCCUGUAAUUGUGCACUUCCAAGUAC